AGAGGGGGUCAACGCCUCACCUCCUCCUCCUCCUUCACCUCAUUUGAGAUCCGGAAUAGCUGAAGUGUCUGGGGUCUGCAACCUGCUCCACGAUCAGGGAUUGCUGGGAAGAAGAAGGAGUUUUGCGAGGUUGGGACAUUGUUGAGGGAGGUGUUGAACUGAAUUUUCAAGAAAAGACUCAACUCAUUGACACCAUGAUGGACGAAGAGAUCAUUGAGGACCAAGCUAAGCUGAAACAGGGCUUGAUCAAAGUGCUGCAAUGUGUGGCCACAAUAUCGUCAGCGGCAUCUGUGGUUAACCCGAUUUUCGGCGUGGCGGGCUCCUUGAUCCGAGUAGUUCUGCCCCACGUCGACGACGAGGACAUCCGUACCCUCAAGCGCGAGUUUGGCUCGGUCAACAAGGGUUUGGACAUGCUCUCGCAGCAGAAUCGCAACACACUCGUACAGAUCAAGAAGGAAACCAUCGACAGGCAGUACUGCAACGUGGAAGAAAACCUUAAGAACCAGUACAGAAAGUUCAUGGCGAUGGUGGAGGCCCAACCGGCGCACCGGGAACGCAAGAAGGAAGAUUUCGAAGAGAGCUACGCCAACGAUAACGGUGAUCAGAACCUGCACACGCUCUACGACGGCGUGGUCGGGAAACCCAAGCUCUUCAGCAGGCCAGUUCUGGAGGUGUACCUGAGGCACUCCCAGGGCGAUCGGCAGGUCAUGGAGCAACUCUGCACACGCCUCACCUACCUAUUUUGCAUCGGGCUGAUCGCGCUCAUGGGCUACGCGGCUGUCAUCGGGGAUGACGAAGAGAGUCUGUGUGAGGAGUGGACGGAGAAGAUGCAGCACGUGCAGGAUAAAAUGCAGGAGGCACUGAGCAGGUGCUCAUGAAGAAGCCGUCCUCUCUGCCACUACUUAGCACUAUAGCUCAUAGUUAGUGCUCCAUUUUCUUCAUUCAUGCUUCUUAUUCUGUGGAGGACCAUAGCUUCAUUCCCUCUAAUAUGAGAAUCUACAGCGGUAUAGCUCUUCAGACAUGCAUGGCCGAUUUCAGAUUUCAUUCUGGUUGCAAAAAUUCCUCAUGUUAAUCAAUCAAUCAAUCAAUCAAAAAAAAA